CGUACAUAGCCCUUGUUGUUGAGCCUUCAUCUGUUUAAAAUUGUAGUCAAUAAACACUGUCCUUGUCCGAACCCGACAUGGAACGGAUUGUAACGGCGCGGGAUUGAUAGGCAAAACUAAUCACGAAUGACAGACAGCCCAAACCGGCUCUAUAGCACCUUCGUCCCUUUUUUUCCUCCUCCUCCCAUGUCCAGUGUUUCCUCCUUCCCUCGUUAUGAUUUACGAACCGGCCUGUACAAUACUCUAUUUCUCAUCCAUUCCGCUUCCUCGUUUCGGCUACUGGCUCUUUUAGGUAUAAUAUUCCGCUUAGAUCCCGUCUCGGCAGCUCCAGCAAUUACCGCGCAAUUCCAACAACGAGAUGACCAGAGCACAAGUUCCUCAAGUUCAUACAGAAUAUGGGUUCCAAUACUUGUCGUUGUCCUCGUCGUGGCUAUCAUUGCACUCUAUGUUUAUUCAGUCAAAGCGAACAAUGGGGGAGGAAUUCCACGAGCUCUUUCUAACUUCAGCCGUGCUGCAGCGAUUGGCACUGGUACAAUGAUGCCCACAACUACUGAGCUCACUGCUGAUCAAUUGACUGGAAACGCCAGUACCACUUCAGCCAAUGACGCGACCAAUGCAGCUAAUCAAACUAGGAGAGUCCGUAGGAAUCGAAGGACACCGUCUCAGAUAUCUACAACUUCGCUACCGGUAUAUAUGAAGGAGCCCGGAGAACAGGAAUUGGUGAUCAUUCGGGGUCCUCAGGAUAUGGAAGAUGUACCUUUGGAGAUGCCACCUCUUCACGAAGAUGGAGAACAAGAGCGUUACUCUCCUGUGCCUGACUCUCCUCAACAUAUGCCACUGCUAGAUGGUGACGACGGUGCAGUGGCAGAUGACUCUGCCGCAGCACUAUUACCCGAAGCCCACGAAGAGCCUCGUUCCCGUAGCAAUGAUGCCGGACGUAGACAUAGUGGCGGCAGUGCCCACACAGGGGAAUCGAGUUCGUUAGUCCGCGUUGAAACUAACGCUGAGACCGAAAACCCGGAUCCCCGAGGAGAUGCGCCAGCUUAUUUCGAGGUAGUCGAUCUUAAUGAUGAAGCCCAGCAGAGACCUCCGAUUCCGCCUAUACCGUCUUCAGAACCCACUCCAACGAAUAGUUCAAUGACGGCAGCUUCAUCCACAGCUUCAAGAGGGACAUCGAGCAGGCGAUCGCUGCGUAAUCUGUUUGGCUGGAGUGGCAGAAGUCCAAUGACUCCUCCUGGAUUGCCAUCGACUUCAGCACAAUCACAUGAACGGGCUGAUUCCGGUGGCGCGCUUUCGCUAGUGUCCACAAUGUCUCGGCCGUCUACCUCGAAUCGUCGCAGUCAUCGACCUUCACAAUCAUCUUCUUCAGUCUUCAGCGUUGUAAACCCCUUGAAUCGCAAAAAGUCUUCCGCGACUCUCAGUUCCAACCAUCUGACUUCCCCUUCGUCAAUAUCUCUUGCUUCCAUAUCUGCUCCACUCACACAUACCGUCGUCCGCACAGAGUUCACGUAUCCAAAAGCCGGGCCUACUCCUGAACAACUCAAGUUAAUCUCGAGUAGAGAGGCAUUUGCCAGAUUUGGAGUCCCGUAUGGGAAAGAUGCAAUUGCGUUCGCUGCUAGUACGCAGGACCUGAAUCCACCCCCGGAGUUUGAGAGCGAAGCGGGUACAUCUUCUUCGUCCCCACCAAGGUCACAAAGUCAGACUCGUGUAAUGGCUAGAGAGUCUAUUGGCCGCUCGAGUGAGAGUAGCGGAGAAAGCAAUGGGACAAAUGGGUCGAGUAGUUUAGAAACUCCGGAAAUCCGGGUGCAUGAGAGCUCGCGGCCUGUAUCCCUUUCCGUAGAGCCUGAUACACCAGCUACUACUGUCGAAUCUUCAUCACCUAGUCAGAAGGAGCCCAAGGUAUCACAUUUGACGCAGCCUUCCCCCUUAGUUGACUCUACUGUCUCUUCCAAAGACAUCGUAGAGAUUCCUGGAACAUCAAGCGAAACGCGGAUAUCUUCUUUAAACCACUCUCCGAAAGAUGAUGUAGUACCUCCUUCACAUUCUGCUGCACCUUCAGUCUCUCUAGCUCAGCAUGCUCCGCUCGCCUCCCCUUCUACGCCAACAAUAUCUUCCAAACCUCCCCCGACUUCCUUCCGCAACCCACCAGCCUCAGAAGCCCCUGCGCCCAGUCUCCGUUCCGAAUCCCGCACUUCCUCUUUCCGAUCCUUUGAAACUGCCAGAGAGUCGGUGAAUGAGCAUGGCAUCCUUAGUGUUGGUUCGGGUUCGGGAACGCCAACAAUGUCGGAUUCAGAGUAUUUCUCUGAACAAGAGACAGAGAUGGGCGAUUCUCGACCUGCGACGCCGAUCACUCAAACGUCAAUGGCUUUGCCUGUACGCUUGCCAGAUGGUCGGGAUUCUUCUUAUCAUGUAUUAGAGGGGACAGAUACUACUAUUCGAGCAACGGCUUGAUUGGAUUUAGGAUAAUCGCGCUUCCUUCAGCAUGUUGCCCUGCCCAUAUAUCACAAUUGUCACUGCCGUCUCUUACAUUUAUUAUCCUAUAUCUAUCGACCGCGAUAUCUCCUCACAUACUUGAUUAUAUUGUUCUCUCG